AUGCUCAUGGAUCAAGUCCCUCCCGCAGCGGAGGAGGCGUCUGGAAUUGCCUCUCCAUCACCCACUGAGCUGAACAACCCCCUGGAGGACGCCCGGGCUCUGAGAAGCGGCCGCCCGAAGCCUGAGACAUGCAGCACCGAGCCCGUCCCGCACCGUCUUCCUCGCCCACCAGCCACACAGCCUCCCUCCCCGUCCCACCGUGUAAACGGCCCCUCCUGGUCCGGCCCUGCUGGCAGCUGCCUGGCGAGGCGCCCGUGGGAACAGAACGGGGCCUGCGCCCCGCUGCAGCGGCCCGGGGCGCAGCGGAGGGCUGGAGGCGUGAACCAGCUGGGGGGGCUCUUCGUCAAUGGCCGCCCCCUGCCCCCCUGCAAGAGGAAGAGGAUCAUCCAGCUGGCGGCGAGUGGGGUGCGCGCCUCUGACAUCUCCCGGAGCCUGAAGGUAUCCAAUGGCUGCGUGAGCAAGAUCCUGGGCCGCUACUACCAGACAGGCGCCAUGGAGCCGAAGGCCAUUGGUGGCAGCAAGCCCCGCAUGGCCACCCCAGAGGUGGUGGCCCGGAUCGUGCAGCUGAAGCUGGAGCACCCAUCCAUCUUUGCGUGGGAGAUCAGGAGGAAGCUGCACUCUGAAGGCAUCUGUGCCAGCGACCGGACGCCCAGCGUGUCCUCCAUCAACCGGGUGCUGAGGAACCUGCAAGGGGACAUGCGGCUCACAGCUAACUUUGACGCCAGCAGCAAGGUCUCAGCAGAGGCAGCCACCUCCCAAUGGCACCCUGAGAGGAGCUCAGCAUCAGCCAGGGGACCCCCGCCGGGCGUCCAGCACCGGAACAGGACGAUCUUCUCAAGCCAGCAGUCAGUGGCCUUGGAGAAAGAAUUCCAGAGAGGGCAGUACCCCGACUCCACUACCCGGGAGAAACUGGCCUCAGCCACCCAGCUCCCCGACACCACCAUCAGGGUUUGGUUUUCAAACCGAAGAGCCAAAUGGAAACGAGAGGCAAAGCUGAAGCUGGAGACUGACCGUGCAGCUCCCCAGGCCUUUGCUGCUUUCCAUCCAUCCUCAAUGACCGACACCAUCUCCACACAGCACCUGGCUGCCUCCCCGGACACCCCCAGCUUCACUAUCUACCCGGGGACCUCCCAGCCACUGCAUCUGAGUGCCUCUCCACCUGGCACCUGGGAAGAGCCUUGCUGUGAGCCCAGUUCCUCUCUGAGGAUCAGAUGCCUGGGUUCCAUCCUCACAACCCUGGCUCAGCAGCAGCCUUUGGACACUUCCACUCCAGGCUUCAGUGCUUAUGAUGUUUCCCUUGUUGCACCUGGAUAG